UGAACCAAAUUUGACGAAACCAAUUCGUCUUCUGCAUCUUCAUCACGAACCAGACAUCUAAUCAUCUUAUUCAUCCAAUCCAACGGUCAGUAACAUCACUCAUAGCAACACGAUAAAGCACGGGAUUAUUACCCAAAUUCCGACCAAAGCAGUAAAAAAGAUUGUACACAACACUUGUAAGUUCCACCAGAACCAGACCGAUUAAGUCAAUACGACGUCACUUCGCAAAUCUUCCGAUGCACACUAGUUCCUUCCACGAAUCCUUUAAUGGAGAGAGAAUGAAUAUUCUUCUUCUUCUUCUUCUUCUUCCUCCUCCUCUCUCGUAGGAUCUCUCUGUGUUUUCUCCGUCUCUACUCCCAUUAGCUAUCUUUACUCACAGAUUUUGAGAAUUUUCCCAGAUAAUUCCUUUAUUUACCUUUUUCUUUGGUUUCGUCCAUCUCUCUUUGGACCGUUUUGCUACUUUGGUUUCUGGAGGCUGCUCACUACUAGAUCUCUAUUAGUAGGGUUUUAAGGUCUAAGUUCUUGGAAUGGAUAAGGAGAAAGCUCCAGCACCACCUAGUGGAGGUCUACCUCCACCAUCAGGUCGUUACUCAACGUUUUCACCAAAUGCAAGUAGCUUUGCAAUGAAAGCUGAAUCAUCGUUUCCUCCUCACUUGACUCCAACUGGGAGCAGCAGCGCAGAUGCUACUAACCGGUUCAGCCAUGAUAUAAGCCGAAUGCCGGAUAAUCCACCUAAGAAUCUUGGCCAUCGCCGAGCUCAUUCAGAGAUUCUUACUCUCCCUGAUGACUUGAGCUUUGAUAGUGAUCUUGGUGUUGUUGGUGCUGCUGCUGAUGGACCUUCUUUCUCUGAUGAUACUGAUGAGGACUUGAUGUAUAUGUAUCUUGAUAUGGAUAAAUUCAAUUCUUCUGCUACUUCUACUUCUCAAAUGGGUGAGCCAUCUGAACCUGCUUGGAGGAAUGAAUUAGGAGGCUCCACUUCUAACCUUCAGAGUACGCCUGGUAGCUCUAGUGAAAGACCGAGAAUCAGGCACCAACAUAGCCAAUCGAUGGACGGUUCAACAAGUAUCAAGCCUGAGAUGCUGAAUGAAGAUGUCUCUGGAGUUGACUCUAAGAAAGCCAUCUCUGCUGCUAAACUUUCUGAGCUUGCUCUCAUUGAUCCAAAACGUGCUAAGAGGAUCUGGGCAAACAGGCAGUCUGCAGCAAGGUCAAAAGAGAGGAAGAUGAGAUACAUAGCAGAGCUCGAGAGGAAAGUACAGACUUUACAAACAGAGGCAACGUCUCUCUCAGCCCAGUUGACUCUGUUACAGAGAGAUACAAAUGGGAUGAAUGUUGAAAACAAUGAGCUUAAAAUACGAGUACAAACAAUGGAGCAACAGGUUCACCUACAGGAUGCGUUGAAUGAUGCACUGAAGGAGGAAGUCCAGCAUCUUAAGGUAUUGACGGGGCAAGGUACAUCAAACGGUGCACCAGUGAUGAACUAUGGUUCUUUUGGACCAAACCAGCAAUUUUAUCCCAAUAAUCAGUCGAUGCACACCGUCUUAGCUGCACAACAGUUCCAGCAGCUCCAGAUUCAGUCACAAAAACAGCAGCAGCAACAACAACAUCAGCAACAACAACAGCAGCACCAGCAAUUUCAGUUUCAGCACCAGCAAUUGUAUCAGCUUCAGCAGCAGCAGCAGAGGCUUCAACAACAGGAACAACAAAACGGGGGCUCAGAGCUAAGAAGGCCCAUGCCUUCUUCAAGUCAGAAAGAGAGUGUGCCAUCGCCUGAUCUUGAGGCUCCCUCGACAAAAGACUGAGUGUAGACUGUGUUAGUGUCCAAUUUAGCAAGUUACUCUUGAAAUAUCUCCUUUCUCAUUGCGGGCUCAUGGAUUUGGGAUUUACUGCAUUCUAGAAUUAAAAACAAGAAAGCUUAGAAGUUGCGUGUUUAGAAGUUGUUAGGGAAGUCAUUGUUCCUUUGUAUGAUCCUCUCUUGAAAAGUUCUUGGAUUUGGUCAUUUGGUUAGAACUGGGGGUAGUCCAAGUCUGUAGUCUUUAAUCAUAUUCAUAUUCUUUCGCU